GGUGACUCGAGGGAGAGUGCGGGGUUGGUAUUACAGCACCAAGAAGGGAAGUUGUGCUUAAUUUCAGUUUUUUCUUCAGUUUUCAAGCCGCAUUUCAUCCAACAAGGAUCAUUUAUCGACAGAAAUCCGCGGAAGACAGGCAACACUGCACCAAGAAGAGGUUCACUCCGACAAGCGGGAACAUAUAUGACGGCUAAACAGAAGCGAACUUGGCGAGAGCCAAAUCUGGAGGAAGACGAAAUCACAAUGAAGCGAGAUGGCUCCGCUGGAACGCACACUGAUAUGUGGCGUGGAAUACCAGUGUCCCGCAAUCAUUAUUAUAAAUCAGACAGCUCACUGUCUACACCAUCGAUAAGACCAGACUACUGUCCAACCACUACACCGAUCAAAUAUACCUUGGUCCCGAUCAGGCCGGUAUCAACUGGGGGUUACUCAUCUUUUUCUCCAAUACAAACAGAAUCGCCGUGUUCUACAAUUACCCCUACACCACCGCCUUCUCCUCCUCCACCUCACAAUCAAUCUUCCCACCGCUAUCUUCAUCACCCCUCUAGCCGAUCUCCUUAUUAUACACCAGAGAUCGCCCAGAAGCAACCGUUUGAAAGUCGCGAUUAUAUAGUGAACCGAGUGCGCGAGAAAGACCCUGCACUUUUGGGGCAGAGAGAGAACGUCAGGGAAGCUCAUCAAGUCGUGAUAUAGAAGCGAGAAAAUGUAGAGGUGCAGGGGUUGCGGGUGAUAGAAGAGGUAAUCCUGGAGGAAUUCAAGGAAUGCAAGAGACUCCUCGUCGUGGCGGUGGUUAUAACUCGAACUCAUCCUCAUAAGAUAUCACUUGGCACAGUGUAUACGUUUUGUAGCUGCAGAGCUCCUCUGGUUAUUAGCAGUACUAAAGGUGCUUUCGAAGAGGGCGUGGGUGGAUUGUUUAUUUUCCUUUGAUAAGGGGGAAGGGGCAUGACAGGAGGGACAUAAGGGACCCUCGGUUUAUCGAGUCACCCCAUGAAGGGUCUGAUAGGGAUGAAUGUUAUCAGGCGUUGUUUGAGGUAACUUUAUCGGGCUUCUGGUUGGGUUUUAUUCAACAAAUUUGCCGGAAGAUCGAGGCAUGUGCACUACAUAGUCGACAAUGCAUACAUUCA